GUCGGUCCCGAUUUGGGACGUCAUUGGACUCGUCCCCGCACUGCUGAGGUCGCCCUUCUUCUUGUUCUCCUCCUCCAUCGUCUACUAUGCCUCCCUCACGUCGUGGAAGCGGCACUGUCGCCCUGCCCACUGGGCAGACCCUCGCGUUCCACACCAGGACCAGCGAGGCCGAGGAUCUCCCCCAUGCGACCAAGAAGACGAUGGCGGAUCACCUCCGCAAAUACGAGAGCCUGUUCACGCUAACCCCGCAGCGCAUGCGUAUCAUCGUCGAGGCUUUCAAGGAGACACUCGAGAUUGGGCUCGCGAAACACAACCAGAUAGUGCCCAUGAUACCCACUUAUGUCUUCGGCUGGCCAACGGGACAGGAACGAGGAAAUUACCUCGCCCUAGAUCUCGGCGGCACCAACCUCCGCGUGUGUCUCGUCACCCUCGAAGGCGAGGGCAAGUUCGAGAUCACACAAUCAAAGUACCGUCUGUCCGAGGAGCAGAAACAGGACGACGGCCAGAAACUCUUUGACUUCUGCGCGGAGUGCAUGAAGUCGUUCAUCGACUCCAACAUCAGUGGAGGGAUCAUCGAGAAGGACAGCAUCUUGCCGCUUGGUUUCACGUUCUCGUAUCCUUGCUCACAAGAUCGGAUUGACCACGGCGAGCUCAUCCGGUGGACAAAGGGCUUCGGCGCACCCAACACGGAAGGCCAUGACGUCGUCGCCAUGUUCCGCAAGUCGCUUGAGAAAUACCAAGUGCCGGCAGAGAUUGUCGCGCUCACAUGCGAUACAACGGGCACGCUGAUCGCGUCGCACUACGUGAACCCGAAGACGCGUAUUGCGUGCAUCUUCGGUACGGGCUGCAACGCUGCGUACAUGGAGCGCGUUGGCGACAUCCCCAAGAUCGCUGGCCUCGGGAUUGACCCGGAUGCAGAGAUGGCCAUCAACUGCGAGUGGGGAGCGUUUGAUUCGUUCGAGCACGAAAAUUUGCCGAGGACGAAGUACGACCAGACCAUUGACGAGCAGUCGAACAAGCCCGGCGAGCAGGCUUUCGAGAAACUAAUCUCAGGCCGAUACCUUGGCGAGAUCUUGCGCCUCAUCAUUUGUGAGCUGAUCGACGAGGGUGUGCUCUUCUUGGGACAGAACACGUACAAGCUCGAGAUCCCAUACUCGUUCGAUACUGCCUUCCUGUCGCUCAUGGAAAGUGACCCGACGGACGAGCUGCUCAUGAUCAUCGGCAUCUUCACGCACUUCUUCGCCGUAGAGACGACACUCGCGGAGCGCCAAUUCUUCCGCGCCCUCGCGAAGCUCGUCGGCCGUCGCGCAGCGCGGCUGAGCGCAUGCGGCAUUGCUGCGAUUGUCAGCAAGAUGGGCUACCUCGAGGAGGGAUGUGCGGUCGGUGCGGACGGGUCACUAUACAAGAAAUACCCCGGGUUCGCAGAUAGGGUCCAUGAAGGUUUGCAGGAUAUCUUCGGCGAGAAGGGCAAGAACAUCGUGACAUGCCACGCUGAGGAUGGCAGUGGUAUCGGCGCUGCGAUCAUCGCGGCGAUGACGAAGGAGCGGAAGCUCGCCAACUUGUACCCUAACGUCUGAGGCCCUGACCACUGCAAUCCAUGUCGUCGCAAGGAGGGAAUGGGUGGCUCACAGGGGCUAUCCUAGAGCAGCGCAGUGCGGAGCGAUAGAUGCAAACCCCGAAGAGUGU